AUGUAUCCAGAAGCUGGAGCACCCGUCCAGGAAGAUGGAACCGAGCAUGGGACUGUGCCAGAGGACUGUAGAAAUGGAGAGGCUGUGCUGAUAAACAACGCAGAGAUAAACCCUAAUGAGAAAUCUACAGACCCUUCUUUGGGAAAAUGGUACCAAAGUGAGCAGAAGCUAAGUGAUGCUCAAAACUCAAAAACUCGGCCGAGCCAAAAAACCGAUGCAAAGGACAGUUGUAAUAGAAUGACUAAAAGUUUACUUAGAAAACUUUGCAAGGAACAAAAACUGUAUGUGACUCCAGCAUUAAACGACACGCUUUAUUUACACUUCAAAGGUUUUGACUGCAUCGAGAACCUGGAAGAAUAUACAGGAUUACGGUGUCUUUGGCUAGAAUGUAAUGGGAUACAGAAAAUUGAGAACCUGCACGCGCAGACAGAAUUACGUUGCCUCUACUUGCAGUUAAAUUUAAUUCAUAAAAUUGAGAACCUCGAACCCUUGAAAAAGCUGAGUUCCCUCAACCUUAGUAAUAACUAUAUCAAGACCAUCGAGAACCUGUCUUGUCUUCCAGUUCUAAGCACACUGCAGAUUGCUAACAAUCACCUAGAGACUGUGGAAGACAUUCAGCACCUAAAGGACUGCAUAAGUAUUUGUGUUCUUGACCUUUCCAACAACAAGCUGAGUGAUCCGGAUAUCCUCUGUGUCCUGGAAGCCAUGCCUGAUUUGCGUGUACUAAAUUUGAUGGGAAACAUAGUGAUUAGGAAAAUUCUGCACUAUAGAAGAACUGUUACCAUUCGAUUGAAAGCCUUAACCUACCUGGACGAUAGGCCAGUUUUCCCAAAGGACAGAGCAUGUGCAGAAGCCUGGGCUAAGGGAGGGAGUGAAGCUGAGAAGGAAGAAAGAGGGAAAUGGGAAACCAGAGAAAGGAAGAAAAUUGAAGACAGCAUUGAUGCCUUGGCCAUGAUUAGGCAAAGAGCGAUGGAGAAAAAGAGACAGAAAGAAAUGGAGGAAAAAGGAGAGACUCCACCAUCAAAUGACGAUGUGAGCCCAGAUUCAGGCACAGAAGUAGGUCGACAGUCCCCUGAGGAGGAAGCCACACAGCAGAAGAAAGAGAAGUUUGUCCAAGAGAGUUUUGAUGCCUGGGAUGAAGUCUUUCCGGAAGACUCCAGUGUGAAAAGUGAGGCACCUAUGGAAGCUCAAGGAAAAACCCAGGAGGAGUCAGACCCAAACCUCAAAGCUUCACAAGAAGGUAAUUGCCAGCCAAGAGAUACCCCUGAGCACCGACCAGAGCCAGAAUCAACAUUAAAAGCUCUGACUACAGAGAAGGCAGAACUGGAUGGAGCUAAGGAAUUAGAAACCAUUGAAGUGGAGGCAGAAGACAAGCUCUUCAUUGAUGAUCUGCCUGAUUUAGAAGAUAUAGAAGUUGAUGAGAUCUUUCCAGAAAAUUCAGAUGAAAAUAAAGCCUCUUCUCCAAAAAUUAAAAUAAUUUCUGGAGCAAGUGAUGAAAGUGAUCCCGAACUGGAUGAAGGCUGCACGAUACAGGACAAAACAUCCACAGAUACACUUUCUAAUAUAUUUAAAAUUCCUAAAGAUACCUCCAAGAAGGCCAUCACACCCCUUGUGGAAAUAUUUGAAACAGAAUCAAACAAGGACUUGGAGACCGAAAAUGACCACACAAAGCUGUCAGAACCAUUGAUUCAAGAGAUCAGUAAAAGUCCACUAGAGGAGUCACUGAUGUCCCCAACCUGCAAUGAAGAAAGCCAACAAACCCUUCUCAAUGUAGACCCGAAUGAUAAUCCGGCUUCACCCUCUUCUUCAGGAAGUGAUGCUUCAAAAAAUAAGGUCCAGUUAUUGACAGAGACUGAAGAUCUCAUUGUGCAUGGGAUCAAGGAAGGCAAUGAAGACAUUGAAUUUGGGCUAGAUUAAAUGUCAAAGAUGGAUGGUGUGGGACAGUUAUUUAUUUUCCCACAGGUGUAUAUGCACACCAGUUUUAAGGUGCGCUGAUUAUUUGGCCUUGCCCCACCAUCCAGAGAGUCCUAUUUCCAGAUCGACAGCGUGAGGGUGGAGAAAAAAAUAUGUGGCAGUCUUAGUUAAGGGAGAGCACCAGGGUUUGUCCUCUGACAAGUACU